AUGCCCGGGGUGGCGGCGGCACCAGGCUCCUCGCGGCUCCAGCCCCCGACGCCGCAGCCGGCCGCGGCCCCGGCCGAGCAGACGCCGCGGGCCAAGGGCCGCCCAAGACGGUCCCCCGAGAACCGCCGGAGGAGCAGCUCACCUGAGAGACGGAGCCCCGGCUCGCCUGUGUGCAGAGUGGACAGGCCAAAAUCCCAGCAAGUUCGAACCUCUAGUACAAUAAGGCGAACCUCUUCUUUGGAUACGAUAACAGGACCUUACCUCACAGGACAGUGGCCACGGGAUCCUCAUGUUCACUACCCUUCAUGCAUGAAAGAUAAAGCUACUCAGACACCUAGCUGUUGGGCAGAAGAGGGAGCAGAAAAGAGGUCACAUCAGCGCUCUGCAUCAUGGGGGAGUGCUGAUCAACUAAAAGAAAUUGCCAAACUGAGGCAACAACUACAGCGCAGUAAACAGAGCAGCCGUCACAGUAAGGAGAAAGAUCGUCAGUCACCUCUCCAUGGCAACCAUGUAGCAAUCAGUCACACUCAGGCUACUGGAUCAAGAUCAGUCGCUAUGCCACUGUCAAAUAUAUCAGUGCCAAAAUCAUCUGCUUCACGUGUGCCCUGCAAUGUAGAAGGAAUAAGUCCUGAAUUAGAAAAGGUAUUCAUUAAAGAAAAUAAUGGGAAGGAGGAAGUGUCUAAGCCUUUGGACAUUCCGGAUGGUCGAAGAGCUCCACUCCCUGCUCACUAUCGAAGCAGUAGUACUCGCAGCAUUGACACUCAGACUCCCUCCGUCCAGGAGCGCAGCAGUAGCUGCAGCAGUCAUUCACCCUGUGUCUCCCCAUUUUGUCCCCCGGAAUCCCAGGAUGGCAGCCCUUGCUCAACGGAAGAUUUACUCUAUGAUCGUGAUAAAGACAGUGGGAGUAGCUCACCGUUACCCAAGUAUGCUUCAUCUCCCAAACCAAACAACAGCUACAUGUUCAAACGGGAGCCCCCAGAGGGAUGUGAGCGAGUGAAGGUCUUUGAGGAAAUGGCGUCUCGUCAGCCUGUCUCAGCCCCUCUCUUUUCAUGUCCUGACAAAAACAAGGUUAAUUUCAUCCCAACGGGAUCAGCUUUCUGUCCUGUGAAACUUCUAGGCCCUCUCCUACCUGCCUCCGACUUGAUGCUCAAGAACUCUCCUAACUCUGUCCAGAGCUCAGCUCUGACCACACUGACCGUUGAGCAGCUCUCAUCCCGGGUUUCCUUUGCGUCUCUCUCUGAUGACACCAGCACAGUGGGCUCCACAGAGGUCUCGGUCCAACAGCCAUCUCAGCAGCAGCAACUUCUGCAAGAACUGCAGGGUGAGGAGCACAUCUCUGCUCACAACUAUGUGAUCAUCUAAGGCAAGGGGGAGCCGGCCUCUACCCUGUGUUGCAUGGAUGAGGAACUAGAUCUCAUACAUCUGUCUGCAUGGAGUGACAAACUUUUCUGAACACCACCACCACCAACAAAAUACUUAUCAGCAUCAUAAAGUAUCUCUUAACAUUCAUCUUGGCAGGGACGGAACUCCUAUUAGCAGUUUUUGUGGAAAGCAGUAAUGCUUGCAAAAUGUGUGUGUCAUUCAGCAUUUUAAGUGGAGACUAUGCAUUUCAUAGUAUGUUUGACAGAUUAGUGCUGUGUCCUGUGUUCUGUUCCAAAUUCUUCAGUAUAAAUAAGCUCUAUAUCAAAAAGUUGCCUGUCUAAAUAGAAUGUCAACAAAACAAUGUCUUGCUGUGUUUUGUCCUAUGGAAAAUACUGUACUUCAGGAUUAUGUUUACAGUUGAUCCAGGUGUUUGUUUCUAACUUCUGUAAUACAUGCAAUGCAAAAAAUAUAUAUAUAUAUGGCCACAAGAGUUGCACAGUGCCCACCCUAUGGCCUAGCUUCAGGUACUUCAGUUGAAGUCUAAACUCAGGUAACUUGGAAUGUAUAUUAUAUUGGGAUAUUAAAUAUUUCACAGCUAAAAAGCUAAAGAGGGAACAUCACUCUUUUGCCUUUCCUUAUUUUAUGCAUUUCCCUUUCCUCAUUACAUUCCACAUUCUUGGAAUAAAAAGUGCAUUCAACCCUAGGAGAACGAUAGUCCUGGACAUGGGUGAACAUGAGGAGAACCAGCAAUUCUGUGGUGUCUGACAUCACUCUUGUCAUGUGGUUACAAGUAAAACAACUGUUGCAUUUACUGUUUAAACGUGUAAUGUGUAAACGUGGCUUUUUAUUUUUUAGGUUCACAUGUUGCUCAGCUAAUGACUGUUACAAUAUUGCAAAUAAAGUGUUCAGUACUAGGCUAUACAUAACAUUCCACAUUGUGCGUGAUGAAAUUUAAAGACAAGGAUGUCUAGGUUUAAUUUCAAAACAAUUGAAGUUUCAUGGGAUGAUUGAGAUUUUUUUGUUUAUGUUGGCCAUUAAGGUCAUGAAAUGCUACUGUUUUAUUUAAAGGCAUAUAAAUGUUCAGUUUGUCUUUUGGAAAUUCUUUAAUUUGCAAGUAAAAAAAGGACACAUUUGGGUUUUGUUUUCUUCAAGCAGUUUAGGUGUAUGACCUGCAUUUACAUGUAGAGAGAGAAUACAUGGGUCUCAGAAUUAAUGCAACAUAAGUAAGCAGGUUAUUUGGUGAUUUACAAAAGCAAAAAGCAAUAGUUUGAAGCUGACUCAUUUAAGCCUCUCAUAAUACCAUCACGAGUACUUUUGUUAAGAUUUUGGAUAUGAACAUAAACCCAAGUAAAUAGCCUUGAACUAGCAGACUUGACAUAAGUUCUCAACAAAGCAUGAAGAGAGCCCUAGAUAUUCCUGUUUGGUCAGUGGGAGAACCCCACUUUUAGAUACUGUUUUCUGCAGCACAGAGAGGGUAUCCAAAAGCAAAAAAAAGCUUUUGUAUUUUUAUUCCAUUGCUUUCAGUUCAAUAAAGGCUACAGUUGUUUCAUCUACAUGUAAAGUAUAUGGCACAAUUUUCUUAAGAAUGAGGAAAACAAGGUGCCUACGGUUACAGGAGCGUUUCAGUUCCCUUUAAUCAUUCCUUGGUUUUUGUUUUUAUUUUCUAAAGACAUUGAAGGAUGAGGUGAUAAGAAAGCAACACAAUUAAUUUUUUCUUUUAAAGAAAUGGAUGUGUGUGUGUGUGUGUGUGUGUGUGUGUGUAUUAUGCAUUAUUUUGUCAUGAUCCUAAUUCUUUUUCCACCAAAGUUUGCAGUAAUAUUCUCUCCUGAAGGUGCAUUCUGGCUCCUUUAAAUUAGUCAGUGUUAUAUUGUAGGAGACUGUCAUGGAGAAAAGGACUCAGUUUACUUUUGCCAUUUUCACAGGGGAACCUUUUAAAACAAUCUUUUCAGCAGCAGACACCUUUAACCCUAAUAAUCUCAGGCCUUGAUGAAAAUACUAUAUUUUGUAGAUUAUGGUUAAAGGGAGAAAAAUACUAGUUCCGUAAGAUAAAUAUGAGCUCCAUUUAACUUCUGAUCUCUGGUUUAGUAUUACAUAAUGUGUUGAUCUUAUGCUCUGCUUUUGUCCAAAUAAGAUGCAAUAGUAUCAAUAUCAAUUUCUGAAAGAUGGACUGAAUAUGCUUUUUUGGUGAUGAAAUCCGAUGUACGAUAUUUAUAGUGACGUGCUUUUAUUUUCUCAUGAGAAACUAUUAAUUGUGUUGUACAUUUGUUGUUAGCAUAUAUUAAAGUUUUGAACCAAAUGUGUUAAAGCUUAUGCUUUGCCAUGUAAAUUACCCAGAAGUUGUUGAGCUCAAAUGUAUCCUACAUCAGCUGUAGAAAUUUGUCAAAAAUUGUUUAAAUUUUGUAUAUAGUUGUACUGUUUAAUUCUAGCCACUGCGCUGAACAGUAUUUGAGUUACCAUACAAUACGGCUUUACACAAGGAAAUGUGUGGCUUUUGUUUUGUAUUUUUUUCAGUAUAGAAGUUCCUGUGUCUUAUUUAAAUAAAGUUAUUAGUAAAACUG